AUGGAAGGGAAAGGGCUGAUAAUUCGGGGGGUGGGCCCCGCAGGCGCUGAUUCUGGACCACUUGGCGGCGAGCGGAUUCGUGACGCACUGCAGGUGGAACUCGACGCUGGAAGGGAUCACGACGGGGUUGCCGAUGUUGACGCGGCCGGUGACGGCGGAGCAGUUCUACAACGAGAAGCUGCUAAUUGA